AAUAAAAAAUGAACCGUACCAAAUAACCAAAUCUGGCGAGCACUAGUGGCUAAGAAGUGUUUGGUAACAGGGUUCAUCCUAUCCUUUCCCUCGCGAUGUGUGUUGUGGCUCAUAAAAUCACACUAACCACUUCCGAUCUCCUGAAGAAGAAAAAUGGCUCUCCGAUCUGUUAAAACUCCGACCUCGAUACCUCCCGGCCUGAUCGUCUCCCCCUCAAUUAUCAACAAGCCACACUCUCUCAGAUUCGCCUCCAAACCGACGGCAUCACUCGCCGUCCGUUCCAAUCUCAUCAAACUCAAACCAGCUUCUUCCCGCGCCGCGAAAUUCCGCUGCUCCGCGUCGUCGUCGUCGGCGCUCACGCCGCAGCUAAGAGACACGCUGGAGAAGCUCGUGAACUCGGAGAAAGUGGUGCUGUUCAUGAAAGGGACGAGGGACUUCCCGAUGUGCGGAUUCUCGAACACGGUGGUGCAGAUCUUGAAGAAUCUGAACGUGCCUUUCGAAGUUGUGAACAUUCUCGAGAACGAGAUGGUGAGGCAGGGGCUUAAAGAGUUCUCGAGUUGGCCGACGUUUCCGCAGCUUUACAUCGGCGGUGAGUUUUUCGGGGGCUGUGAUAUCACUCUCGAGGCGUUUCAGAGUGGUGAGUUGCAGGAAGUUGUCGAAAGAGCUAUGUGCUCUUGAAGCUGAUCUUUAUGUCUAUGUCAUGAAUGAAAGUCUUCUUGAUGUCUUAAAGAUUUUUUUUUUUAUGGCUGGUAACAUUAAGAGACAUGUUGUAUGAUGGAACUAUGGUUAUAGAACAACUACGUGUCUGGAAAAUCUAUACUUUACUGUCUGGAGUCUCCUUAUUGAUUUUGAUC